AUGGGACCCUCAGACGCAAUAGCUGAGCCAGUCAGGCUCAAGACCAAGUUAGAGAAGGAGGAGAAGGCAACCACAGAGAAUGGGUCAAACAGUGGAUGGGAGAUAAAAGGCAAAGCUCAAGACAAGCCUAUGGAAAAGAAAGAAAAGUCACGCAAAAAAGCUGAAAAUGAAAAAAUGGAGAAAAUCCAAGGUGGACAUGAGCACAGGCAGAAAGACCAACCGAAACAACUAAUUCAAAAUCAUUCUUACAUCAAGGCCAGACAAAGAGAGGAAAGUGGUUUUGGGGAGGGUAGAAUAGAUUUUUCUUGGUGGCCAGGCAUGGUAGAAUCUGAUCCUGACCUAGGAGAGUAUUUUCUUUUUGCUUCUCAUCUUGAUUUCUUACCUUCAAAGUACCACGUGACAUUUUUUGGAGACACAGUUUCUCGUGCUUGGAUCCCAAUCAAUAUGCUAAAGAACUUCCAGGAACUGCCGCUGGAGCUAAUGGGAAUGAAAAAGUACAAGAACAAGGAUUACAGCCAGAAACUGGGGGCAGCCAUAAUGAUGGCUCACAAGGCAGAACAAGUCAAUGUUCAGACUCGGGUUAACUUGUUUGGUUUCUGGAACCGAUACGGUAGAACUGACAAUAGUGGAGGAAAAAAAGAAGUAAUGCCAUCUAAGGCUAACAAUCCAGAGUCUGGCUUGAAGAAAAAGAAGAGAGAGAAAAAAAAUCCAACUUUGCCUGGUCCCAAGUCAGGCAACAAGCAGACCAAAAAAGCCAAGCCUACAGGCAUGGCAGAUGAACAAGACAGGCCCCUGAAAAAGAGAAUGAAGAGGAGAUCUCUGGGCAGUGAAUCUGUAGAUGCCUCUGCACCCAUCUUUGAGAAGGAAGAAGAGCCAAAGAAUACAGAUGAGCCAGGCUGUAAGACAAAUUUUCAAGCUCCCCAAAGCAAGGCCUCAGCACCCAGAUUGUCUAAGGAAAAAGAAGUCAGAAUGGUGCCCCAGGGCCAGGCCCCACCAGCUUGUCACGGGCCUGGUUUCUUGUUGGGGAAAGCUUGGCCUUCACACCCGGAGCUUCUAGCUAAGGAGGUUAUUCAUGUCCCGGCUGAGGAAGGAGAGUCCAGUGACUUGGACUUUGAGCAACUCAUGGAAGACAUUGGGAGAGAUGCAGAGGAGCGAGGGGAGCCGCAACACGGAGAUAGCACAGAGGACUUCCCCAUGGCCCUCUUUGAAUAGUGCUGUGCUCCCACCCUGCUCCUGUUCUCUGGAGCUGCUGGGAGAGCCUCAGAGCCAUGUCCUUGAUCAGCUAUUGAAUGUUGGGAG